CAGUCUGGUCUGUCUGCCCUUUCAUUCCAAGAUGGCGGACCUCCUAGGUUCAAUCUUAAACUCGAUGGAGAAGCCUCCAACAGUCGGCGACCAGGAAAGCCGACGAAAGGCUCGAGAGCAAGCAGCGAGACUCAAGAAGAUGGAGGAGGAGGAGAAAAGAAAGAAAGCAGCAUUCAGGAAAAAGAUGGAGAAAGAGGUGUCGGAUUUCAUUCAAGACAGUUCACAGCAGAAACGGAAAUACAACCCUAUGGGGAAGAUCGAAAGGAGUAUAUUGCAUGAUGUGGCAGAAGUGGCUGGUCUGACUUCUUUUUCUUUCGGGGAGGAUGAGGAGAGCCGUUAUGUCAUGCUUUUCAAGAAGGAGUUUGCACCAUCAGACGAGGAGCUGGAAGCUUAUCGCAAAGGAGAGGAGUGGGAUCCCCAGCUGGCAGAGCAACGGCGCAGACUAAAAGAACAGGCUGCAUUGGAAGAAACAGAAUCCAGUCAGACAAAAAAGUCAGAGGCCUGUCCCAACUCCAACUACCGAGACAAGUACAGUCACCUGAUUGGCACCUCGGCCGCAAAAGACGCAGCGCACACGCUAGAGGCCAACAGGGCCUAUGGCUGUGUGCCGGUGGCCAACAAGAGGGACACUCGCUCCAUAGAGGAAGCCAUGAAUGAAAUCAGAGCGAAGAAACGGCAGAAGCAAGAGGACGACACAGGGGCACACAGCAGCAGCUCUUGAGUUGCCACCAUUUUUGCUUUCUGUUGCGUGUAGGUGCGUGGGUGUGGGUGUGUGGGCGCAUUAGUGUGUGUGUGUGUGUGCGUGUGCGUGCGUGCGUGCGCAGUCUAAUUCAUCUGACAAUGCAAUAUUCUGUACAUCAGACAUUUAAAAGUGUAACUUGUAUGACAGGCGUUGAAUCGAGUAUGUAUGCCACUCUCUGACUUAGACUGUGCUGACAUCGUGAGGUCGUAGUUUGGUGGAGGCACUCAGGUGUGUCUGAUCCAGGAGGCGGAUCACUAUACAUGUUGAACAUUUGCCCGUGACGUUUGUCAGCCGUCAAGCUUCUUACACACAUGAUUAUGUACUCUACAGUAUGAGGAACAUGUUUUUGAUUGAAGAACAUGUGUCCAGUGGGCGUUCAGCUGCUUAAAGCACCCGAUAUCUUCUUACAUCAUUUUUAAAGGACAUUUUUGUUGGCAUGAAUUGACAUUUUUGAUGCAAAUUUGCAUUUAAAGUUAUAAGUGAGAUUUUUAUCUUUUAAAGUAUUUACAAUUUGGAGCUUUAGCCAGGUCUGGAUGAUGUUUUUAAAGCAAGGUUUUAAGUAAAGCAAAAGUCCCGCUGACAGUGAUCCAAAUAUCCAGCGCAGUUUUUAAAAGGGAAACAGGAAUGCCGUCUAUUGAUCAGCUUAAGGUUCGUUGAUGUGUUUUUUUUUUUCUUUUUUUAGUCUCAAUCUGUUUCAGAAGUUUGUAAUGUUAGAAGCAUGCCAUUUCCUCCAUUUCAAGAGGAAUCACAUUUUAGAAAAGACUGUUUUGUGGAUUUUAGGAAUCUUGUUCCAAUUCAUCUGCACUGACUAUGAAUGAAACUGUUACUCCAAACUCAAUGUUUAAUUAUUGAGCCAAGUGAUGGCUUUGAAUAGGCAUCGCAGGAGGGAGCGGAUGUACCGGACUCAUUUUAGGGAACUUGGUAACAUCUCUUCUGUUUAUCAUGUCUUCGAGUGUGUUUCUUGGCAUCUUGAUGUCUACUUUAACAUGAUUGCACCGAUUUACCCCCUCGUGCGUGUUAAUAAAUGGAGAACUGUC